GGGCCAGAAGGGCCUCAGCGCGCUGAGGGGCAAGGGACACGGGCUGUGACGCACCCCGACUACGGGGGGUCACUCUGGCUAGGGGCCGCCAGCAGGCACCAAAGGCGCCAAGGGAAAAAGCCCUGCCCUGCUUACAGGGCGGGCGGGCUGGGGGUCCGGGAGAGCUCCGUUUCCCCCCUCGGGCGCGGAGGCGGGCACUCUCGCCCUCCUUACAGGGCGGUUGCCCCUCUCUCCGGGCAGCCACAGGAGCGCGAUGGCAAAAGGCCAACGCCAAGCAAAGCAAAGGACCUGGCCCUGCUUACAGGGAGGUCGCCCAGCGCCAAGCCGGCCGGCGCAGCCGGAAGCUGCCCGCCGGACUCUUAGGGAUCCCUGCCCCGGGUCAUGCCAGGGAGGGGCCUUUGCCCAGAGGGCCCUUCUCCCGCCCCCUCUUGAGCGCGAAGCCGACGCUCUUCUUCCUGGCUCUUGCCUCGCCGUCCCGCUCCACGGCUCCGCUUUCUUCUCGGAGGGCUCCUGCCAAGGCAGGAGGACGCAGCUCGGACUCAGAAGCUCCGAGUCCUUGCACCGAAGGAAAGCAGGACCCAGAGGCAGCUGCCCCGGCCACCACCCGCCCGCCCACUCGCAGGACCCCCACACCUCCACACCACCCCCCAACUUCAGCUGCUCUCACCGCGGCGUCUUCCCGCGUCGGCGCUGCCGUCCCUCCCUCGCGACGCCUCUUCCGCUCUCUUCUCCGACGGCUUCACGGCGACGCACGGCGCAGUCCCAGCCGCUGCGGGGAGCCGGGCCCUCUGGGCAAAGGCAGCUGGGCCUGGGAAGCAGCGGCCAAAGAGCCUGCCGCCCUGCUUACAGGGGGCUCCGGCUGCUGCCUGGAGCACAAAGCGCCCGGGACACCAGGGCACUGGCCCCGACUUACAGGGGGGCCCUGGGCCCAAAGGCCUGCGGAGGCUCCUUCUCUCCGCUUCGGGGGGCACCUGACCCGCUCCCCGCUAACGGGGCGGUCGCCCCGCACAGGCUGCCAGCUGAGGGAGCGCAAAGGCUCCCAGACCCGGACCCUGCUUACAGGCGGGUGCACACCCAGGGAGCCACGGAGCUCGGCCUUCCCCCGCAGCAUCAAGUACCUGGCUCAAGGGCCAGGCACUGGGGCUCGUGGCCUAAGGCCCUGAGCUGGGCCCCGAGGGCAGGGAGGGCACACGCCCAGCCCCACGCCUGUGAGAGGCCGGGGGACCCCGCGGGACACCCGCCUGAUUACAGGGGGUCCCUCCAACCGCCCGCCGAGCAGGGGGGACGCACAAAGCCCCACUUAGGGGGCCGCCCCCCCGAGGCCCGGCACUCCCAACAACGGCCUCGCGGCCUAAGGCCGCCGGGGACAGGGCCCCCAGCCCCGAGGACGGGGGGAGGCCCACGCUGGCACGUCGCCAGCAGGACGGGCAGCCCCGCGGCGCGGGUGGCGGUGCCCGCGCCGCCACUAACGGGCUUCGCUCCGUCCUCGGGAACAAGGGGCAAGCCCCUCAGCACGCUGAGGCCCUUCUGGCCCGUGCGCAGCCCGGGGGCGAGCCUGAGGCUCUCCUCUCCUGCUCGGCGGCGGGACCAGCUCGGCUCGCACCGACAAGACAAGCACCACGUCCCGGCAAGCUCUGUGCGCCGAGCCGUGGGGAGCCGGCCCUGCCGCCGAGCAGGACAGGAGAGCCUCGGGCUCGCCCCCGGGCUGCGCGCGGGCCAGAAGGGCCUCAGCGCGCUGAGGGGCAAGGGACACGGGCUGUGA